CGCAAGAAGAAGAAGUCGAAAAAAAAGGCUGACAGUGCUGAGAAGCCAGAGGAGCCUGGUAUGGAGAUGGGUGAGGUAGGCAGUCACAUGGAGCCCCUUAGCGCUGGACCCCAGGAGAUGCCACCACAGAAGAAGAAGAGGAAAAAGAAGCCUCAGACUGCAGUCCCUUCAGAUCCUGAGGAGCAUCAGGAAGGAGACCCUGUAGAGCAGCCAGAGCUGGUGAAUGGAGACGGAGAGGAACGGCACGCAGACGUGGAGGAGGGGACCCGAAGGACCAAGAAGAAGAAGAAGCCAAAGACAACAGAGAUCCAAUAUGCAGAUGAGCUGGAGGUGGAGGAGGAUGACAUCAUCACAGACGUGCAGCCGCCUGCCCCCCAGCAGUCCCUGUUCUCCGCCCCACUCGGCCACAGUCAGCCUGUGGGUAAAGUGUUCGUGGAGAGAAACAGACGGUUCCAGGUGGCAGAUCAGGUGGACACGGGCAAACCCAGUGAUCAGAUAGAUGAGGAGGCGGAGAUGAAGCCCUCGUGGACUACUCGGGACGUAGCCGUAAAGGUGCACCGCGGAUUCAGGGUUGUAGGGCUGUUCUCUCACGGGUUCUUGACGGGAUAUGUGGUGUGGAACAUCAUUAUGGUGUACAUCCUCUCGGGGAAGGAGCUCUCCAACCUGACCAACCUGCUGCAGCAGUACCACUAUCUGGCAUACCCCGCCCAGUCACUGCUCUACCUGCUGCUGGCCAUCAGCACCGUCUCUGCCUUUGACAGGGUGAACCUGGCCGAGGGCUACAUGGCUCUGAGAGGACUGCUCACGCUGGACACUGCUGCACUCGCCUCCUUCUUGUGCUUUGCCGCUCUGAUCCUGUCUCUCAGCCAGCAGAUGACCAGCGACCGCAUCUACCUCUACCCCGCUGCCAAUCAGAGCUUGUGGUCCCCUGGCCUAGAGCAUCAAAUCCUGCAGCCCUGGAUCGUGGUGAACCUGGUGGUGACGCUGUUGAUCGGAGUAGCCUGGGUGUUUGUGGCAACACAGCCUCAUAAGGACUAUACAGAGGAGUCCCUAAUGGCGAUGGAAUUGGAGUCAUACCCAUGGCAGGAGGAGAAACCCGAAAACCCAGCCUGAAGGAGAUUUCUGCCAUCAUAUUUUUUUUUUAUGCAACGUUUUCUACUAUUGUUCAUAAUUU